AUGCCACACUCUACAGCCCCAGGGCCAAUGCGACCUGAAGAGGUCGACGAAGACGACAUCCUCCCGGACGCGCCUCAGCAAGUUUCAGACCAUACGAAAGAAGAGGGAAAGACGGACAUGACCGAUAGUGCAUCGCAAUCAGAGGAUUCAACAAGCGAAGCACCGAGGAUAGAUGUAAAGGUCGAGGACCUUUUUGACGACGCUGACGACGAUGAAGAGGAUGAGUUCUCAGGCUCAAGAGUUCUAAAUCCCGGAAACGAAAGCAGUCCACCAGAGGCACCCUUGCCUUGCGCUCAGUCUGCAAAGUACACAGACCCAGAGGUCAUGCUAGCCUUCUACCAGCGCCUUUUUCCGUUCCGGUACCUUUACCAGUGGCUGAACCACUCAAUGAAACCAUCGAACGAUUUUGGUCAUCGGGAAUUCGCGUUCACUCUGCAAAAUGACGCGUAUCUCAGGUACCAAAGCUUCCCCACAGGAGACCUACUUCGGAGGGAGAUUCUACGCCUCAACCCUUCCCGUUUUGAGAUAGGUCCAGUCUACACAGCAAAUCCUCGGGAUCGCAAAACUCUCCGCAAAUCCACUGCUUUUCGGCCAAUGGCAAAAGAAUUGGUCUUUGACAUAGAUCUGACGGAUUAUGACGAAAUACGUACCUGUUGCAACAAAGCAAAUAUCUGCCACAAAUGUUGGUCGUUCGUCACAAUGGCCAUUAAGGUCGUGGAUGCAGCGCUAAGAGAAGAUUUCGGAUUUCAGCACAUCAUGUGGGUCUAUUCUGGGCGAAGAGGAGCCCAUGCCUGGAUCAGUGACAAGCGAGCAAGGAACAUGGAUGAUCAGAAAAGGAAAGCGCUCGCAGGAUAUCUAGAAGUGAUCAAAGGUGGAGCACAAAGUGGCAAGAAGGUCAAUGUGAAGCGGCCUCUCCACCCACAUCUAGCUCGGAGUCUUGACAUCUUGAGAGAACACUUCCAGCGCGAUAUUUUGGAAGACCAGGACCCUUGGGCCGAACCCGAGAAGGCAGAGCGUCUACUUCGGCUGCUUCCUGAUAAAGUAUUGAAUGAUUCUUUACGCAAGAAAUGGGAUGCAGCCCCUGGCCGGUCAAGCGUCAGCAAAUGGGCUGACAUAGAUGCCCUUGCGAAGACAGGAGCCAGCAAGACCCUGGAUGGCAGAGCUCUAUUGGAAGCAAAGCAAGACAUUGUGCUUGAGUACACGUAUCCGCGCCUCGAUGUUGAGGUCAGCAAAAAAAAAAUACAUUUACUGAAGUCUCCUUUUGUCAUACAUCCGGGGACUGGAAGGGUCUGCGUACCCAUCGACACUAAGAGACUAGCAAAGUUCGAUCCUCUUGGAGUGCCAACUGUGACGGAACUUUUGGGUGAGAUCGAUGCGUUUGAUGGGCAAACGACAGAGGAGAGCGAUGUCAAAAAGACUCAAGACUAUGAGAAGACGGGUUUGAGGCCGUAUGUGGAAUAUUUUAGGACUUACGUCGCUGGGUUGCUUAGGGAGGAGAAGGGUGUGAAGAGGGAGAGGGAGACAGGCAACGCGAUGGAAUUCUGA